AUGGGCUUCCAAAACGAUGCUACAUCUCAGUUUGCAAACGCGACACAUUCAAAUGUUUUUCCCACCAAGCACAUUGGACAGCCGAGCUCCUUGGCCACUGUCUCAAUGACUUCAGGAUCUAGUACUAUAGGACGUCGUUUUGGCCGUCAGUCUAUUAUCCCUGCAGGUGGUUAUGGCCCUCAUGCCAACCUAGCUAAGCAACCAACCAUGCACGGAUUUGCUCUUCAAACAGCACCUAGCUAUUCUAUCCCGUUGGGAGCUGCAACUACCAGCCGUCUUGGAUGCCAGGGAUUGAUGGCGAUCUAUGGAGCAGGCGGAAGUAUUGGCCCGGGGACCUUUGGACGACCUACUUUACCUGCCAUCUGGGGCCUGUCUUUGUCACCACCUUGUUCUGGAGUCCCUGGUCCAGAUGAAGAACUUGCAGCCUUGGGACUUGUGGAUGGCUAUGGAAGCAUUUCCAAGCAUAAACAUAUUAGAUCACGAGGUCUGCGUACUAUCGACUUCACAGGUUCUGGAACCCUUUCUAGCGGUAUCAAGCAUCGUUCAGCACUGCAUGCUGCACUUGCACAGGAAGCUACCUUAUUAGUAGGCAGAGAUAAUCCUAAUAUGUUGCCUCAAGCUCCACAUUCCAUAGCCCGCGUCAGUCCUACUCCUGGGGCUUGGCCUUCUUGUACUUCGCCUACUGGAACUAUUUUAUCCUCGACGGCAGCUAAUCUUCCGAUGGACCUCAUUUCCCAUCCCUAUGAUCAGUGCCCUCCCAACCUGGCCAAAGAGAACGGGUUCCUGGGCCAUCAUACUUCGACUUCCGACAUACCUAUCCCUUCUAUCUCUGUAUCGUCAGGAAAGACCUCGAGAGAGGAUACUGGGAGUGGUUCACUGAAGGCUACUCUUAAGCAUCGCUCGUCUACUUCGAGUCCAUCUUGA